UAAAAAGAUAGACCGAGCUAGGGUAUCGAUCAUAUCGUAUAGACUCUGAAAUCGGUCGCUUGUGUUUUGUGAUAAUCUAUAGUAAUCUAUAAAAAUGUGUGAACGGUAUUUUUACAUUUUUGCGUGUAUUUUGGCGACAUCCAGUUUUGUAAACGCUGACUUAGCGCCAUUCCUAAAGAAGUGCCACGCGUCGGACUCGAAAUGCGCUAAAGAAGCGGCGCAAGCGGCCAUCCCUAUCUACACAGCGGGGUUGCCAGACCUCGGCGUGGCUCCCCUGGACCCUCUGAAAAUUGACAAGCUGGACGCCAGCACCCAAGGCCUCAAGCUGACCCUCACCGACGUCACUGUCACCGGACUCAAAGGCUGCACUGUCAAGAAGUUACAGCGCGAUGCUGCGAAAUGGAAGUUGUUCGUGAAGGUCCUCUGCGACAUCAACCUCGAGGGUACAUACGACAUGGACGGGAACCUACUCGUCCUGCCAAUCCAAGGAAACGGACCCGUGCAUGUCAAACUACGCCAGAUCCAGAUCACGGCAGAAAUUGACUUUGAAGAGAAAACCCAGAAAGACGGACAGGUUCACUGGCAUGCCAAAGGCUUCAAACACUCGUACGAACUGAAAGAGAAGGCUGAUGUCGUCUUCGAAAACCUCUUCAACGGAAACGAAGUAUUAGGUCGCGCAGCAAGGGAACUGAUCGCCAGUAAUGGCAACGACAUCAUCACAGAGGUCGGCCCGCCGGUCAUCAAGAAAGUCAUCACGAAACUCCGUGACAACAUCAACUCUUUCUUCCGCAAAGUGCCCGUUGAAGACCUGGUCUUAGACUAAACUUUAUGUUCCUAAAUUUAUUUAUGAAAUUUUAAAAAAACUGACUCAAAAAGGCGGUAACUUGCGGGCGAGAAUAUUUAUUUAUUCGAUAAUUAAAAUUUCGAAUCAUCGAUUGAAUUUAUUUAAGUACUCGAGUUAGUAUUGUUAGUACAUAACUUGACUUGA